CUUUCUUUACCGGGCACGGAAGGAAGAUGUUCCCAGCCGUACCUUCCGGCGUCAGCCACCGUAUUUCCCGUGCUGCCCCGCAGCCUUUCUCUUCCCCUUCCGGUCCCAGGCGCAGCGGCUCCCGCGGGCUGGCGGUUCAGACAUGGCCAAGUCCAAGAACCACACCACGCACAACCAGUCCCGGAAAUGGCACAGAAAUGGCAUCAAGAAACCCAGAUCACAAAGAUACGAAUCUUUAAAGGGGGUGGACCCCAAGUUCCUGCGGAACAUGCGUUUUGCCAAGAAGCACAACAAGAAGGGCUUUAAGAAGAUGCAGGCGAACAACGCCAAGGCCCUGAGCGCGCGGGCCGAGGCCAUCAAGACGCUGGCGAAGCCCAAGGUCGUGAACAACAAACGCAAACUGCCCGAGCAGCCCACCCGCAAGCUGCAGCGCCUCGCCUUCAUCGCCCACCCCAAGCUCGGGAAGCGCAUCCGCGCCUACAUGGCCAAGGGCCGCAGGCUCGCCACGCCCAAGGCCCGCGCCGGCCAGGGCCAAGCUCAAGCCAAGGCCCAGGCCGCAGCCGCAGCGCUGGCUAGCACUCCAGCUCAGGCCCAGGCCCAGGCCCAGGCCGCAGCCCCUAAGGGAGCCCAGGCCCCAGCCCCUAAGGGAGCCCCCAAGGGAGCCCAGGCCGCUGCCACUAAGGGUGCUCAGGCUCCCGCCCCUAAGGGUGCCCAGGCCUCAGCUCCUAAGGGCGCCCCUAAAGGAGCCCAGGCUGCUGCCCCUAAGGGAUCCCAAGCUCCAGCCCCUAAGGGAGCCCAGGGUCCUGCGAAGGGCCCCCAGUGAAGACCCGCAUCUGCCCACGCGAGAUGGUGGACUGCUGUGGUUCCCUGGCUGCUGCCGGCGGGGGGGCCAGUGGGUUCUCCCAAUAAACCUGAGGUGGGAUCUGAGGUCCCCCGUGUCUGUCGUGCCA